CCUCCUUUUACAGGAGGAAAACACCCCAUUCCCUCCAUCCAAAAAACAAUCCCACCUUCCAAAAACAAUGCAGAUUAGCUCCGGUCACGGCCACAAAUCGGCCGCGGCCGGACUACUACUCGCUCUCCUCCUGAUCAGCAGCGGCGCCACUACUGAUCGCAGUGACGGCGCUGCUACCUCUUCUGUUGCUGUCGCAUCAGCGACAGCAGCAAGCAAGAGGGUUCAUAAGGGCGCCCCGAUUGCGGCCGCACAGUUCAUGGGGCCGCAGAACGCAGCGAGGGCGGCCCUGAACAUGCCGCCCUUGCGGUGGGACGGGAGGCUGGCGGCGUACGCGUCCCGGUACGCGGCGCAGCGGAAGUGGGACUGCGAGCUGGUGCACUCCAACGGGCCGUACGGGGAGAACAUAUUCUGGGGGAGCGGUGACGGGUGGACGCCGGCGCAGGCGGCGAGCGCGUGGGUCGGGGAGCGGAGGUGGUACAGCUACUGGUCGAACUCGUGCGCCGGGGACCAGGACUGCGGCCACUACACGCAGAUCGUGUGGCGGGGGACGAAGCGGGUCGGGUGCGCCCGGGUGGUCUGUUCGGGCGGCCAGGGUGUGUUCAUGACUUGUAAUUACGACCCGCCUGGGAAUUACGUUGGGGAGAGACCUUAUUGAGUUUGAUUAAUAUUCUCAUUAUAUAUAUGAUUAAUUAAUCAUCGUAAUGAUAGAUUUCCAAUUUUGAUUUUAAUUCCAUUCCUUGUCUUCGUUCCGCCCAUGGGCUUGCUCCUAAUCUCAUUGUAACCAGUGAUCAUCGAUUAUUAUUAUUAAUUAACGGAUUGAGUCCAGUGGUAUCGAGAAAGAAAGCGAAUUGAGUUGGAAAAUAGUUUGGUUGAUAUUGGAUUGAGUGGAUCAAAUUAUUGCCGAUACAUAAGGUGAUUAAACUUUUUCAUUCUUUUAUUAUGUUAUGUUUUCUUGUUUGUGAGAUGAAGAAAUAAGCUAAUAUGGAACUGAAUUAGGCAUAAUGUGAUUUUUUUGUUAUGUUUUUCUUUUUUAUCAUUACUGUCCAAUGAUUAUUGAUUCGACUCUAUGCAAAUUUAAUACAACCAAACUGAUAAUCUCAGUUGCGUUCGAUUGCCGCUUUGAGUCAAAGAGGUGUGUUCAUGAGUUGUUAAGUUGUUAGGAGGUUACCAUAUAUUGAGAAAGGAAAUUGAGACUAAUCAUCAAUGAGAUUACAUUGGACUAAUUUUCAUAUCACUCUGAUUUUGGUCAUGCAUGUUUGCCCACCAAAAUACAUUACCUUUUAGAUGGGCAGAUUAGUAGGUCUUGGUGAGCAGGGAUGCGAAUGAGUCGAGUCGAGUCAAGUUUUAUCUCAGUUUGAACUCGACUCGUUAAUAAACAAAUUGAGCUUGA